AUGCCGCCCCAAUCCGUGGUAAUUGUUGGAGGUUCAGUUGCAGGGUUGCUACAGGGACUACAGCUCAAACGCAGCGGUAGUAAUGUCAUCGUGCUCGAGCAAGACCCCUCGAAAGACCGCCACAGUCAUGAAUCCGGGGUAUCGAUCGGACGAACUGUGGUACACUUGUUGGAUAAAUACGAUGCAACAGGGCGACCAGCAGCAAUUCCGGCAAAGUACUUGAGUGCUGCAUGGCACAAAUGGCUCAGGGUAGUGAAUACUCACUGGGCACACAGCAUGAGCAACUGGGGAUGUCUAUACCUGAUUCUGAGAGCGAACUUCGACGGCUUGAAAUCCGAGACAGUUCCAAACCCGCCACAGCCACGCAAGGGAGACGGGGACGUGGAGUAUUGGCCUGGAAAGCGUGCGACGGGACUGAAGUAUGAUCGCGACGCGGGUAAGGUGCACCUCCAGUAUGUGGAUGUAACAACCGGUGAGGAGGGAACUGUGAGCGCAGACACCAUCAUUGCAGCAGAUGGAGUGCACUCCACGAUCAGGAAAAUAUUACAGGUACCGACACGCAAGGAAUAUGCAGGGUAUAUUGGAUGGCGCGGUACAGUGCCAGAAAGCUUGCUGUCCGAGCAGACAAUUGAAUACUUUUCGAAUCGACUAAACUUCACCGUUAUGAAUGGCACUUAUUUCAUAAGGCGAGUCAAUCGUUUAGACAUUUGUGGAUGCCCGCUGACAUGGGUUUAG